UCAAUCUGUAAGGGAAAUAUAUACCCUUAGAGCUAGAGGUAAUUUAUAGUAGCUUCUUCUAACAGUUUCAAGAUUUAUUCGCUUGUAAUCAUUUUUAAUAUUCUUUUUUCUAAAGGAUCUCAAGCAGUCUUUACACAGUUUCAGCGAUAGAGAUAUUUCCGGCUGAAAGACAAAUUAUAUGGUUUUGGAAUACAAAGACGUAUCAUUUCCGAUAAAGGUCUAAGAGGCCAUCGAGAGGCAAGUUUCGGAUCUAUGGACAGCAGGAUUUAAGGUCGUUUUCCAUUUAUAGGUUAUUUUUGGUGUAUUCUCGGAGGCGCCACUUAUAAUAUAGAUAGAUGUCAAAGUUUUUAAUAUUGUUGAUAGCUUUGCUUAAGGUUGUUGCAAAUGAUCACAUUGGAGAUGAAUGUUUGAGGAACUCGUGUACCUACACUAAAAACCACUUACCAGUUUUCAUUUCAAAACACAACCAAUCAAAUUACGAAAGUGAGUUUAAUCAUUCUAACUGCUAUAUCAACCUAGUAGUGUUAGCUCCAGAAAAUAACAGUCUGCCCUACUCCCUUCAUAAAAUCCUUCCUUCCAUUCAGUAUACUGUAAAAUUUAUCGAGGACCAUGGUAUUUUAAAUGGAAAUGUCAUCAAGGUAUGUCCCAGAAAUACUCAUAGCUCCCCCACGCAUGGCCCUUUGGCAGCAUAUGAAAUGUACUUUAACAAGACAGUUAGUGCUUUCCUGGGGCCAGUUGAUCCCUACGUUCUUGCGCCGGUCGCGCGAUUCACCUCAGUCUGGAAAAUACCUUUACUUACAGUAGGUGGACAAGCUUACGUUUUUGAUAACAAAACUACAGUCUAUUCGUUUCUUACCCGUAUGAAUGGUUAUUUCUCUCAACUUGGGAACAUGUUUCUGGAGGUGCUGUUACAUUUUGGUUGGAAUGUGGUGGCAUUUUUCUAUCACAACCAUCGCUACCAUACUCAGGGUAAAUCCAUUUGCUGUUUUACCCUCGCUGCCAUCCCUCAUGUUCUGAAUAACCUGUCCUUCCACGAACAGGACUUCGACGAAACUCUACCUGAGAUUUCCUACCACAAAUUACUUCGGAAUGUAUCCAAGUACGGCAGAGUGAUCGUUAUGUGUGCCUCUCCUUCAUCCAUCCGACAAAUCUUGUUGGCUGCUGAGGAACUAGGGAUGUUAGAAAAUGGGGAGUACGUAUUCUUCAACGUCGAGCUUUUUACAAGCAAAAAUUCUACACAUCGACCAUGGUACAAUGUGGACGAUCCGCCUAAAACUAACGAUCGAGCUCGGAAAGCCUACCAGUCACUGUUAACAAUAACGAAUCGGGUUCCAGAUACACCGGAAUAUGCCGAAUUUUCACGAGAGAUCAAAAAUAUAACAAAGAAGAGAUACGGAUUCGAUUACGGUGACGAGGAGGUCAGCGUGUACGUAACGGCAUUUCAUGAGGCUGUCCUACUGUACGCUCUAGCUCUGAAUGAAACGCUGGAAGAAGGUGGCAAUAUCACUGAUGGAAGAGCUAUUACGCAGAAAAUGUGGAAUCGAACAUUUGAAGGCAUCACCGGAAAUGUCAGCAUUGACGGCAACGGAGACAGAAAUGUCGAUUUUUCGCUUCUGGACAUGGAUCCAGAAACUGGCGACUUUCAGGUUGUUGCUAACUACUACGGUGUGACCAAAAAAUUUGAAACAGUCCCAGGAAGAAAGAUUCACUGGGCAGGAGGCCGAAAGGACCCGCCGCCCGACAUUCCCCCUUGCGGAUUCGACGGAAGUAAAUGCCCAAACGAAGAAGUUUCGAAGUAUGCUGUUGUUAGUGGACUUCUGAUGGUUUUCCUUAUCGUCCUAUCUAUUAUCUCUUUCUUCAUUUACAGACAUUUUAAGCGGGAGGCAGAGCUCGUUUCGAUGACAUGGAAAAUUAAAUGGGAAGAAAUAACAACAACCUCAUCUAAGAACAAACGCCUGGGAUCUAAGACGAGUAUGGAAAAACCCAGUCAUUACAGUUCCUGUUCUGAAGAGACUUUGGCCUCUGGUAAUAAAGGAAGACAGGUGUUCACAAAGACAGGCUAUUACAAGGGAGCCAUUGUUGCCAUCAAGCCUCUUAUCAAGUCAAGAAUAGAAAUCCACAGACCCCUACUGUUGGAGUUGAAACGAAUGAAAGAUUUACAAAAUGACCAUAUUGUUCGAUUCAUCGGAGCAUGCGUAGAACCACCACAUUGCUGUAUUGUCACUGAAUAUUGUCCCAAAGGAAGUUUACAGGAUAUACUGGAAAAUGAAGAGAUAAAGCUGGAUUGGAUGUUCCGAUGCUCUUUACUACAAGACACUGUAAAAGGAAUGGCCUAUCUUCAUAACAGUGAGAUCCGUUCCCAUGGCAACUUGAAAUCGUCUAACUGCGUUGUGGAUAGUAGGUUUGUCUUAAAGAUCACUGAUAUUGGGCUUCAUGCUCUUAGAACAUCGGACGUAAACGAAAACGAAGAAUCGUACGCCUACUGGAGAAAAAAGCUAUGGACAGCGCCAGAGAUACUGAGAAUGUCUAAUCCAACACCAGAGGGCACGCAAAAAGGGGAUGUAUAUUCAUUUGCAAUAAUCGCCCAUGAGGUUGUUGUACGUCAAGGCCCUUUUUAUUUAGGCGAAAUGGAUCUGAGUCCAAAAGAAAUUAUCUCACGUGUCAAGGAAACUAAGAAGCCACCGUUUCGGCCAUUUCUUGAUGAAGAUACUUAUGAUGAAGAAGUGUUACAGAUGAUUAAUAAAUGUUGGGCUGAAGAUCCAAUGGAACGACCAGAUUUUCAUCUUUUGAAAUCUGUGGUCCGUCGACUUAGCAAAGAAAAUGCAAGCACUAACAUUCUAGACAACUUAUUGUCACGUAUGGAACAAUACGCCAACAACUUGGAGUCUCUGGUUGAAGAACGAACGGCAGAUUAUCUGGAGGAGAAGCGGAAAGCGGAAGACCUGUUAUACCAACUUUUACCAAAAUCAGUUGCGAGCCAGCUAAUCCGAGGAGAGGCGGUCACCGCCGAAGCGUUUGACAGCGUUUCAAUCUACUUCAGUGACAUUGUGGGUUUCACUUCACUCUCUGCACAAAGCACACCUAUGGAGGUAGUUGACUUACUGAAUGAUCUUUACACCUGUUUUGAUUCCAUAAUUGAAAACUUUGACGUCUACAAGGUGGAAACUAUAGGUGAUGCGUACAUGGUUGUUUCCGGACUUCCGGUGAGAAAUGGCAAUCUUCAUGGUAGAGAGGUUGCUCGGAUGUCGCUAGCCCUACUUAACGCAGUAAUGACGUUCAAGAUACGUCACAGACCAGGAGAACAACUGAAACUUCGCAUUGGUAUCCAUUCUGGUAACGGAAACUGUCGUCGCCCAAUUAAACCUGUUGCACCAUAUGUUGCUUGA